UGCUCCGACCUCUGCCGCCCCUGCGGACCCACCCCGCUGGCUAACAGCUGCAACGAGCCCUGUGUCAGGCAGUGCGAGGACUCCCGCGUCGUCAUCCAGCCUUCCACCGUGGUGGUCACCCUGCCAGGACCCAUCCUCAGCUCCUUCCCCCAGAGCACCGCCGUCGGAUCCUCCUCAUCGGCUGCCGUGGGCAACGUCCUCAGCUCCCAGGGAGUGCCCGUCUCCUCCGGAGGCUUCGGCUUCGGCUACGGCUACGGCUUGGGCGGCCUGGGCUGCUUCGGCGCCGGGAGAGGCUGCUACCCCUGCUAAGGUGCAUUGUCACAUGAGCUUGAUGUCAACGGCUCCUCCUCUCUAAGCACCAAACAUGGAAGCAGUGAAGAGGCAGCCCAGGUUUCCUGGAAACAUUGCCCAC